UGUCGGAAGUAUACCUACUGCAUCAAACACGGAACAGGAAAAAGAGAAAGAGAGGAAGGCAAUUUGCGCAUGGUUACGGCCUUCCAUUUUUCUUUGUUAUUGUUCUAGUACAUCUUUUGCAUUGCAUUUCUACCUGAGGAUUUUGAAGCUAGAUUUUGUAUAGUGGUAUUGGAGCAAUGUCGAGUGUGCCUGUUCCCAAUCGUUCAUCCGCCGGCUGGCCGCGCGGGGUCAGUCAGUUCGGCGGGAACAAAUACAUGAGCGCGCCUGCAAAACCACUCAGCCUGGAGAGAACCAUUAAUUUAUACCCUCUCACCAACUACACAUUUGGGACCAAGGAGCCUCUGUAUGAGAAGGACAGUUCAGUGGCAGCACGGUUCCAGAGGAUGCGGGAGGAGUUUGACAAGCUGGGCAUGCGGAGGGCGGUGGAAGGAGUGCUUAUUGUCCAUGAGCACAGGUUGCCCCAUGUACUGCUGUUGCAGCUGGGAACCACCUUCUUCAAACUGCCAGGUGGAGAGCUGAGCCCAGGGGAGGAUGAGGUGGAUGGGCUGAAACGCCUGAUGACAGAGAUCCUGGGCCGGCAGGACGGGGUGAAGCAGGAUUGGGUGAUCGAUGACUCCAUCGGAAACUGGUGGCGCCCCAACUUUGAACCCCCACAGUAUCCCUACAUUCCAGCCCACAUCACUAAACCCAAGGAGCAUAAAAAGCUCUUCCUGGUUCAACUGCAGGAAAAAGCUCUGUUUGCAGUCCCAAAGAACUACAAACUGGUGGCAGCCCCUCUGUUUGAGCUUUAUGACAACGCCCCCGGCUAUGGGCCAAUCAUAUCCAGCCUACCGCAACUACUAAGCAGGUUCAACUUUAUCUACAACUAAAUGGUGUGAGAAUGGGCACAGUGGCUGGCUGUCUCUGUGAGUGCAGCCAUAUAUGGGUGAAAUGAAGACAUGGCGUGGAAUUAAUACAAUGUGGGGCAAUCAAAAUAAGCAACACAAGGCUACUCACCUCUGGCUUCCUGGUAAGGCUGAACAAAAAACCCACCAUCUCAAGAGAAGGGGCCGUAAAUGUGCUCUUUACAAUGAUGGAAGAAAAUAUGUCAGACUUUUUGUUUGGAUCUGAAAAAAAUCUGUAAUUUCUUACAUGAUUAAACUGCAACCCAGUGUCUCAAGAAUCAGAUGUUAUGCUCUUGCAACAGAAUACAUUUAUUUGAUUAAAGAAACAACAGCAUUGAGUUUCCUGUUGUGUUUUAACCUGUAUUACUGUCAUGCUAUUUCUUUUUCUUUAAAAAAAUAAAUUAGUCUUUUCAUGAAGACUGGCUUUUAUACCAAGUG